AGAUUGAUAGUCUCAAUCUGAGAUUAUUGUACUGACAUUUUUUAUGUAGGAACAGAAAUAUCAGUAUGAAAGUAUAUCUCAUUAUCUUGAAAUAGAUAAGCUGUACACUCAGUUAUCUCUUAUCAAAGGUGUGAUUCAGUACGCGACAGACAUUGCACAGUUAACUACGAUUCUGUGCUUUCGUUUUUCAUUCAUCGGUUUUUUUAUAAGUGCAGAGAAAUGUGUUCGAAAAAGUUUGUGUGCUAUUUAACUAUCGGUUUACUUCUAAUGGGAAUCUUCCUGGAGGAAGUCGAGGCACGGCGCAAAAUUUUAAGAGGUCGAAAAACAAUAACUAGACGUUACUACAGAGGUACGGCUAUACCAGCCUGGGCCAUAGUACUUUUAAGUGGUAUUGGCAUGCUACUGCUGGGCGGUGGACUUUACGCGUUAUUACAGAAAUUUGUGGUGGAUGCGACCGAUACCGGAGAAAGUCAUUCCUAUCAACCUGCGUUGCAGCUCGAAAGUUGAAUUAGUUUCUCACAAAAUCCUCCAAAAUAUUUUCAUGUAUCGCUAAUAUUAAAUAAUCAAUACCAUAAAUUAUGUAUACAG